AUGGCGCCCAACCACUCGAGACCAGACAGAGUGGCGUGUCAUCUACUAGCACUGCCAGCAGAGCUGAGGAACCGAAUCUGGGAGUUUGCCAUAGAUUAUGGCGCGCCACUUCACUGUCUCCCGAUCGUACUAUACGGUGCACCACCAUAUGGCUCCUCCCUCAAGAUCGCAUUGGCUGUGACACAAGUGUGUCGCCAGAUCAGGGCCGAAACCCGCGAGAUGUUCUACACCUCCAACACAUUCGCCGUGCGAUUCGAUACCGCCCCCGCCCACCGCAAGACGAUCCGCUGGCUCGACGGCCUUGGCGACAAUGUUGUAUUCAUUAAUCGGAUUGAGGUGGUCGGUCUGUGUCGGAAGCACCUGCCCGCGGUAGAUGGUCGAGCGAGACCCUAUGCGGUUCCGGUGGCUUUCAGGAUAUCUUUCAAGGGAUUAGAUGCUCAGAUCCAGGUCACUGCUACCAGACUACCUGGAUUCGACGCCGCUAAUUAUCGUCCAUGGCGCGUGAGAGAGCAGGAAAUCAAGGCCGCAAAUGCGUUGAUAGAGGAAGACGCGAAGUGGAUGCAAGAGCGCAUUCAGAGUUGGAUUCGAGCCACCGAGGAAGCCCAUCCAAGACUCAGAUUGUGGCAGACACUUGUGCGAGAGGGUUCGCAGAUGGGUAGCAUUGGCAUGAAAGGCGGAUUCUUCCACCUUGUGCGAAUUCUUCCACCUCGAGUCUACACUUAA